AUGAUGCGCGCGCCGGUCCUCUUGCUAGGCUUGAUCGGGCGGCCCCUGCGGCCGUGCGAGGGCAUGUUCUUGCGCGCGGGGCCUUCCAGCGACUGCCUGGACGCCGUGCCUGGGGACACCUGCCACAAGUUUGUGAUGUGGGCCCUCGACGAGGGCAUCGCGAAACACCCGGAUUGGUUCCCGUCGUUCAAGCUCUCGGAUUCGGACGCGCAGAACAUUAAGCAGGUCCAGGAGAUUCUGCACAGUCACGGCAAGGGCAGUUGUGGCAGGCCGUGCUCCACCGCGACGUCGCCUCCCCGCGCAGGCUUUCUGCAGCCUGCCGCCGACGAGAUCCGGGAGGCGGCCGACGCCGAGGCACAGGGGGCUCCGCCUGAGUCCCCCGCUGCCGCUGUUGAGGAGACGAAGCCACAGGUGGCACCAGCCACGCGCACCGCAGAGGCGGAGCCCGCUGAGGCCGCUGACGCCCCAGCCCCAGCGGUCCAGGAGGCCGCGCCAGCCGCGCUCGCAACUGAGGAGGCAGAACUGGAGGCUGCCCUGGCACCGUUCUCUGAAGAUGCAAUGCCGGCUGACGCUGCUGCGUCAGCAGCCCCGGAGAAUCUUGCCCGAUCCACUCUGAUCGGCGAUCUGCAGGCAGAGGUCAAGGCACUGCAGGCCAUGCAGGAUUCCCCGUCGUUGCAGAUGGUGCGAGCGGAAAAGCGCCAGCUGAUCCAUAACCUGUAUACAGCUGACAAGUUGGAGGCAGAGCUCAAGGCGCGGCACCGCCAGAACCAGCAGACGCUCAACAAAUUGGAGGCUGAACUCAAGAUUCUGGAUGCCAUGGACACCACCCCAGCCGCGGAGAUCCUGCGCGCAGAAAAGCGCAAGCAGAUCGAGAAACAGCAGACAGCCGACCAGUCGGAUUCGGAGCAGACGGCGCGGGAGCUCCAGCGCCUGCAGGAUCCCGCGGCAGCCCGCGAGGAGGCGGCACCGGCCGCGCCCGCAGAGGAGGCGAGGCCCGCUCUCGCUCGGGAGCGCCAGCGGGAGGCCGAUGAGCGGCCGCCCCGGUCCGAUGAGAUCGAAAAGUUGGAGUCGGAGCUCAAGGCGAUGGACCAUAUUCACAUUUCCCCAGCGUUGGAGGCGCUGCGCGAGGAAAAACACCAGCUUAUCGAAAACUUGCAGGCAGCUGAUAAGAUGGAGGCCGAGCUCAAGGCGCGGCAGCUCCAGGCCUUGCAGAAAGCCAGCAAGCUGGAGGCAGAUCUCAAGGCGCUUGAGGCCAUGGACGACACCCCAGCCCUUGAGACUCUGAUCGCGGAAAAGCGCACGCUGCUGAACGAUAUUCAGGCAGCUGGCAAGUUGGACGCGGAGCACACGACGCAGGAGCUCCAGCGCCUUCAGGAUCCAGCGACGGCCGCGAAGGGCUCCGCAGCCGCCGCGCCUGCGGCCACCUCCGAAGCUGCGCCCGCGGCGGCAGGCACCAGGCCGUGGUGGCGAGAGGUGAAGGCGGUGGCGCAGAGGCGCUGGCGCGAGGUGAAGGCCGGGGCCAAGGCGGAUGCCGGGGCUCUGGGAGCCGCAGGGGCGGCCGCGCCAGCGCCCGCACCAGAGGCCCACCGCUCGGCCGCUGCCGAGGCCCGGGCAGCGCCACCCGAGGCUCCGGCGGCCGCCGCGGAGGCAGUGGGGCCAGAGGCCGCAGCGGCAGCGCCCGCCGGAGCGGCGGCGCCCGGCAGGGGCGGCUGCUCGGAGCCCAUGCCCGGAGGCCGCUGCCACGAGUUCGUGACGUGGGCCCUCGGCAGCGGCCUCCGGCAGCACCCGGACUGGUUCCCGUCGUUCCGGCGCGGGGCCUCGGAGGAGCAGAGCUUCAAGCAGAUGCAGGAGUUCUUGUACAGCAGGGGCAAGGCCGGGUGCGGCAGGCCCUGCUGA